GAUGAUUCCACACGUGUCCAAAAUAAGAUCCGUUCUGAACCGCCCAUUCUGAAUCACGUCGGCCACCGCGGCCGCUGGACCGCAUCAUAAUCUGAUUCUUAUCACCCAUUGCCCAAGCUAUAGACUAGAAUAAUGUCGUCGAGGGCAGCGAGGGCGCUCGUCUCUUCAUCGCAACACCAACGACGAGCUGUGUCUCCUUCGGUAUUACAACUCCGUACUUUCCUAUCUUGUACACCUUCUACGUCAAGGCCGCAGCCCAUCAGAGGUCGGGGAAAUUCCUCCUUGGCGAUUGAGUCAACGCCGGCGGAAGAGCAGCUUUACGCCAACGGGGCCAGAGCACUGGCCCAGGCCGCUGUAUCAGCAGAGACAAGCAGAGGUGCAGGACCACCACCACCAUUGGCUCAGUACCGUAGAUUAAUAGAUACCGGGACGCUUAAGGGUGAUAAGCAUCAGACAAGGAUCAUUCAGAAGUUGCAGAACCUUCACGACCAGUUGGUACGCUAUACCCCACCGCCAGUUCCCGACUCGUUUGCUUCCACCUCUUUGUUAUUCCGACUUUUCUCUCGCAGCGAUACAGUGCCUGCUUCACCACCAGAAAAUGUACCCAAGGGUCUAUAUCUGUAUGGUGAUGUUGGGACAGGAAAAACUAUGCUCAUGGAUCUAUUUUACAAUACCCUACCUUCUCACUUGAACCGUAAACGACGUGUCCAUUUCCACGCAUUCAUGAUAGACGUACAUAAACGACUGCAUGCAGCCAAGAUUGCAAUGGGACACAAGGGCGGCGACCCAAUCAUACCUGUCGCUCGUGACCUCGCUAGCCAAGCCUCUAUUCUCUGUUUCGACGAAUUCCAGGUCACCGAUAUCGCAGACGCGAUGAUACUUCGACGGCUCCUCGAGAAUUUGCUCAACUAUGGCGUCGUCUGUGUCAUUACCUCAAAUCGACAUCCUGAUGAACUUUACAAGAAUGGCAUCCAGCGUUCGAGCUUCAUACCCGCCAUAGAUUUACUAAAGACACGUUUCAAAGUGACUGAUUUAGAUUCGGGCACCGACUAUCGUCGAAUACCCCGAGCCCUCUCUAAAGUCUACUAUCACCCUCUCACGCCUUCAAAUGCCCUCGAGAUUAACAAGAUAUUCAAGUCCCUUACAUCGCACAAUCCUUCGGAUCCGGUCUUACAUAAUAGACCACUCACAAUAUGGGGUCGGACGCUUCGUAUACCAGAGAUGACGAGGGUAUUUCAUACCGUUUUCUUGCUGGACGUUCCCAAGAUGGGAUUGGACAGCAAAGACAAAGCCAGACGAUUUAUUACUUUCAUCGAUGCAUGUUAUGAGAGCAAGACGAAACUCUUCGUUACCUCGGAGGUGCCCAUUCAUCAAGUAUUUUCCAGUGACAAGACGGAUGCGGGUAAAGGCCCGUCAGAGCAUAUGCGGAGUGUCAUGGAUGAUCUGGGCUUGUCGGAACAACAUUUCGGGGCCAGCUCGAUGUUUUCGGGCGAGGAAGAGAUUUUUGCCUUUGCGAGGGCAUGUUCUAGACUUGUGCAGAUGGGGAGCAAAGAGUGGGCUGAGACAUCUGGGAGGCGGUGAUAUUGAUCCUAAGAGUGAGAGAUUGACAUCUGUUGUGAAGUUUGGAAAUCACUAUCGAUUGUAUUCAUCUAGUAUCUAUGUAUCUAUGUAUCUAUUAUGGUCUUACCAGCGUGAAGG